AUGUUCAAUUGGGCCGUCGACCCUACCGCCCCGCCAGGUCCUACCCUCUCAUCCCGUCAGCAGCAUCACCAGCAGCAGCAGCAGCAGCAGCAGCAGCAGCAGGGCCACAAUCAAUGGCUGAACGCGGCGCCAGGGAGGCCGCUGAGCAGCGCGCUUCCUCUCCCGCCCAUCUCGACCCUCCGCCAGCCUGCUGCUGUUAACUAUCCCAUCCCUACGCCGCACCAUGAGCCGGUACCAACACCUCAGCCGCAGCAGCAGCAGCAGCGUCAUCAUCCGAGUCAGCACCAUCAGCACCACCAGCAACAGCAGCAGCAACAGCCGCAUCCACAUAAUGGUGGAGACGUGACGACGUCCGAGAGCCCCAGCCUGAGGGAGAACCCAUUUACGGACCAAGACGCGGACGGGAAGGUUGUGUUGCAUGGGCAGGAGGUUCAUUUAUCGGGCGUACGGGGACCGCAUGACGGGCAUGGGCAACAUCAGGCUGCUGCUCGACGGCGGCAGCAGCAACAACAGCAGCACCAUAUCCCACAGCAGAAACAACCUCAUCAGACUCUUCCACAGACUCAGCAGCAGCAGCAUCAACAGCACCAUCAACAACAACAGCAACAGCAACAGGCUCUAUCUCGUCAACACUCACACCAGUUGACUCACUCUCUCUCCCAGCAACAACAUCCACAGCCACAGUCUCAGCAGCAUCCUCACCAAUUACCACAACAACAUCUCCAGCACCAACAACAUCUCCAAAACCACCAUCAGCGGCAAAGACACCAACAACAACAAGUUCAACAGCAGCAACAGGCUCAGGCUCAGCAGCAGCAGCAGCAGCAGCAACAACAACAACAACAACCACAACAACAACAACAACAACAAACACAACCUCAAUCGUCACAACAGCCUUCAGCCUCCCAGCCGGCUUGGGAGCGCCCUGUACCUGUUUCAGUACCCGCAACCGUUCCACAAGAAGAAAACGAUGCCGAAAUAGCAGUCCUUGAAGGCAAUGCACCGCGGAAACAUGGUAAACGCCUUACAACUCGCGAAGAAACCGCUUUAUUCGAAAUAUGUAAUCGUCAUGCAGACACCUUUGGCGAGCGUAAUAAGCUCUGCGAAUGGUGGAUGGCUAUAACUCUGGAAUUCAACCGGAUAGAAGGUCACCCAUAUUCAUGGCACAGCGUCCGCCGGAAAGUCGAAUUCGUCACACAGCAACGCAUCAAGUUUUUAAACGGCAUGGGUGGGAAACGGGGGGACGAUCAGGCAGACGCCGCUUGGAGUGCCGCCGUAGAUGCCUGGGUCCCGGUCUGGAGACGGUUUCAACAGCAAGAGACAGAAAGAAUAAGCGCAAAGCAAGGCAAGAGAGGUCGAAAAAGGAAGUCCAUGGCAGUUGAUCCUGCAAACCUCGAUACCCCGAAUCACCAACCCCCUACUCCUCAACCACCUCCAGCUACACAGCAGCCGUCACAGCAGCAUACCCCCCAGCAGCAGCAAGCGGAGAUACAAUUGCCCAUGGGAUUUGGAACCAUGUUCAAUGGCAAUCCUACCAACAAUGGUGCAGAACAUCCCCAUGCCCACCCUGUUAACGCUAGCACCCCGGACCUCCUCGCGCCCACGGCUAGCAAUCCUUCCUCGUCCUCUCCACAAGCAGAUCCCAAUAAUGUCUCCGCAGCCACCCUGAAAGCCAUCUCACGUCUCAACAAUACCCCCAAGGCAGCCAUAUCUCGAAAUCCAAAUCUCUCCCCUUCCACCGCUAUGCUAAUGUCUGCUGCUGAAAACUCCUCCACCCGCCGCUCAUUCAAUUCUCCUUCUGUCCCCGUCUCUGUUUCUAUAACUGAUACCCACCAACAGCACCACCCUCAUCAAAGCGGCCCUGGUGCUCGUGGCUCCAAUCCAGCUAACCCGGGUGUACCUGUCACCGGCGUCAGUGGAGCCCCUACUGCUAACGGCAACCUAACAGAUGUUUAUAUGGCUGAUGUCUCUGCCGCUGCAUCUGCUGUGGCCCAGUCUAUAUCGGUCUCAGCCAUAGACCAAAUCCGCACUGAGCUACGGGCGGAGUUUCGUGAGCAGUUGGAGAAGGAACGCUCGCAACUCGAAGAAAAAAUUACUUCCGUGCAGCGAACGCAAGAGAUGAUUCUUAGCCUGUUGAAUGACCAGCGUUUCAUGAAAUGA